CGACGUAGCAAGUAGGCAAACAGCAACGAAAAGGUGACCUCAUUGAUCCAACGCAGCUGCCCUUUCUUACUGCCCUAGCCAAUAACUGCCUGCCUACGUACCGUACCGCUUUCCAUUCCUCUAAGACAUCUUUCUCCCUCCAAUCCCUUCAAUUUCUCUUUUUCUUCUUUUCACCUCAACACAAAACGAAAAUACACACGAUAAUUCCACCCAUCUCGGCGUGCAUUUACUCAAAACACGUCUGCUGAUACAUCACAUCCUCAGCAUUCUGGGCGUCAGUACUGCGUCAGUCUUGAUAAUAAUCUUUCUGCUUUCAUAAUGAGAGUUCUCACCACUCUCGUGAAUCUGGCGCUCGUGGCCGGAGCUGUGGGCAGCAACUGGUUUACCAAAGCUGCAUACAACAAGUGGCACGAGACUGAGCUUGAGCGUUGGCUUUCGGACCACGACGUCCCAUACCCAACUCCUGCCGACCGUCGUGACUUGGAGAAGCUGGUCCAACAGAACUGGGAUUCUUACGUCGUGCAGCCUUAUUCGAAAUGGGACAACCAGCAGCUCGCCGAUUACCUUAAGCUAAAAGGUAUCGAGACAAAGGAUUCUGCACAGGCUAGCAGGGACAGCUUGGUCUCGCAGGUGCAAAAGUCUUGGUACGAGACAGAGGAUAAGGCCCAGCAGAGCUAUGGAAGCAUCAAGGACUGGAUUCUCGACACCUGGACUGAGAGCCAGCUGAAAUCGUUCUGUGACCACAAUAACAUCCCCGUUCCCCAGCCCCGCCAGCGUGACACCAUCCUCACCAAAGCUCGUGAGAGCUAUGACACCGUCGCUCAGAAGUUCGGAGAGGCCGUUUCUUACCCUGGCAACUGGCUGUACGAGACCUGGUCCGAGUCCGACCUCAAGGAGUGGCUUGAUACCCAUGGCUUCCCGGCACCCCAGCCCUCUACCCGUGACAAGCUCAUUGCCUCGGUCCGCCGCAACUCUCGUCUCGCCUACUUGAAGGCUCAGGCCGAUGCCGCCAGCGCUUCCAAGAGCGCUCAGGACGCCUAUGCUACCGUGACUGACAAGCUUAUCGACGCCUGGAGCGAGUCUGACCUCAAGGAUUUCGCCGACCGCAACGGUAUUCCUGUUCCUCAAGGCACCAAGGUCAACGAGCUUCGUGCCCUGGUUCGCAAGCACCGCGCUGAUAUCCUUGGUGACAAUGUUGCUGGCUCUGCCGCUUCCGCCUAUGGUGCCGCAACUUCCAAGGCCGGAAACACCUAUGCCAGUGCCACAGAUAGUGCCUCGCUCGCCGCCCAGGAGGCGUUCGACAAGUCCGUCAACACGUGGUCUGAGAGCCGACUCAAGGCUUACCUUGACGCUCGUGGUGUUCCCGUCCCCCAGACCUCCAAGGUCGAUGAGCUCCGCGCUCUGGUUCGCAAGAACUCGCACAAGGCUGCGACGCAGUGGAGCUCGUGGAACUUCGAGGACUACUCGCUCGAGAACCUGAAGAACUAUCUCCAGGCCAACGGCGACGCUGCCGCCAAGAAGGCAGCUGCCAAGACUGACGCUACGCGCGCCGACCUUGUCAAGGCUGCACAGUCUGCCUACGGUAGUGCCUCCAAGGCUGGUGGUGAUGCGUAUGCCUCAGCGACCAGCUACCUGGCCCAAGCUACACAGUCGGCCAAGGACAGCACCUUUGAGACAUGGAGUGACAGUGAGCUCAAGGCAUACCUCGACAGCUAUGGCGUUCCUGUUCCCCAGGGCUCCAAGACUGACGAGCUCCGCGCCUGGGCUCGCAAGCAGUGGAUGUACUUCCAGUACGGUACUAGCACACCUGCCGAGACCAUGUUUGCCAGGUUGACCGAGGGCUUCAAGGGCGGUGUUGAGUGGAUUAAGGGACAGCUCAACAUGGGUGCCGACGCUGCCAAGAAGGCUGCAGAUGAUGCCAACGCCAAGGUGAAGGAGGAGUUGUAAAUGCUGCAACUUCUUUUCGGUAACAGCGACAGGCUUCCUUCGCAAAAGAUACAGAAAGUUUGUGCAUAACAGACACCCAUUUCACAUUGCGAGUUUAAUCACUCGGGCAUCAUUGGGUUCAGCACACAAGGAAACACAUUGUAUGAUUUAAUUUAUGGAGUGAUGAGGGAUCGGAAUGGCGCCAGCAAGGAAUCAGCUUUUUGCCCUUACAAAAAAGAUAAUGAUUGCGAUGAGCUUUCUCAGAUUUUAGUUUUUCAAUUGAACUUAUCUUGCCUUUAAAACUGAACCCCCAGGCUUCGUCUGCUUUGCAUGCUUGGCGACAUAAGCUUUGCUCUAAAACUGCC